UUGCUUGGAAGUUGACUUUUCCAUGCUUUUAUUGUGCUAGAAUAUUGAAAAGGCCUAAUCUUGAAGUGGGGUUUUACAGAUUUUGGGAUCCCCAUUUGCUUGGAAGUUGACUUUUCCAAGACAUUGAGGUACCAGAAUAUUGAAAAGGUUCAAUCUUGAACUGAGGUUUUACAGAUUGGGAUCUCCAUUUGCUUGGAGGUUGACUUUUCCAGGACAUUUUUUGUACUAGGAUCUUGAAAAAGGCCUAAUUUUGAAGUGGGGUUUUCUUGUUCUUUUGGGAUCUCAUUUUGUUGAUUUGGGGAGUGAUGGGGGAAGAAGAGAAACUUCAAAUUAUUCAUAGUGAGGGGGAAGAAGCCAAACUUCAAAUUAUUCAUAGUGAGGAUGAGGAAGUGCAAGAAAGUGAGCAUAAUAAUGGGAUCUGUAGUUCUAUUUGUGCUCCAGUCAACUGGUUCAAAAUGCUUGCUAUGGAAUUACACUGGAAUUUUGUGUUUAGUGUGGUGAUUGUAUAUGGAGUAAGCCAAGGACUUGGUGGAGCUUUUUCCAGAAUAAGCACAGAGUACUAUAUGAAGGAUGUACAAAAAGUGCAACCUUCUGAAUCUCAGGUUUAUUCAGGGAUAACUUCAAUCCCCUGGAUGGUCAAGCCUCUUUGGGGUCUUCUCACUGAUGCUGUUCCCAUUUUGGGGUAUCGUCGCAGACCUUAUUUCUUGUUUGCGGGUUCUCUUGGAGUUGUCUCCAUGCUGUUCUUAUCGUUGCACAAGAACUUGCAUAUUGUGCUUGCACUGCUCUCCUUGACAGCAGGAAGUGCUGCUGUUGCUAUAGCUGACGUGACUGUUGAUGCAUGUGUGGCGCAAAACAGUGGUUCUCAUCCUUCCCUUGCAGCUGAUAUGCAAAGCUUAUGUGCCUUGAGUUCCUCAAUUGGGGCACUAGUGGGAUUUUCUUUAAGUGGUAUAUUAGUUCACUUACUUGGCCCUAUGGGGGUAUAUGGCUUAUUGUCCAUACCAGCCGGGCUUGUUAUUCUGGUAGGAGUUUUGCUCAAGGAAUCUCCAACACACAACUUUGCUUAUCAACAGGUAAAUCAGAACUUAACUGAUGCUGCCAAGGCUAUGUGGAAUACUUUGAAAUGCCCGGAAGUUUGGCGACCAUGUCUUUAUAUGUACUUAUCCUUUGCGGUGAGUGUAGAUAUCCAGGAAGGAAUGUUCUACUGGGCAACAGAUGCAAAGGGAGGACCACAUUUUUCAAAGGAGUAUAUCGGAUACAUAUCAGCAGUAGCCUCCAUUGGAUCACUAUUAGGGGCUAUACUGUACCAAUAUGGAUUGAAAGACCAUUCUUUUCGAGACCUGCUUUUUUGGACUCAGUUAUUGUUUGGUCUGUCAGGAAUGCUAGAUUUGGUGCUAGUGUUGCGUUUAAAUUUGAAAAUUGGCAUACCUGAUUAUUUCUUCAUGGUGAUGGAUGCAAGUGUAACUCAAUUGGUUGGACGGCUAAAGUGGAUGCCACUUCUUGUUCUAAGUUCCAAGCUAUGUCCUCCUGGCAUUGAAGGCACAUUUUUCGCCUUGCUCAUGUCAAUUGACAAUACCGGACUUUUGACAUCAACAUGGUUUGGCGGAUUGUUGCUUCAUGUCUUCAAAAUUACAAGGACAAAGUUUCAUAAUCUCUGGCUAGCCAUUUUGAUAAGGAACAUUUUGAGAAUCACUCCACUUUUUGUACUAUUUUUGAUUCCCAGAAGUGAUCCCAACUCCUCUAUCCUUCCUGAUGAGAUGUCAGAUUCAAAAGAAACCACUGGAACCUCAGCAACUCAGAAUGAAAACAUCGAACUUGUCGCUCUGGUUCACAACAUGGAUACUAGAUAGCGGAUUAUACACGUUUUUGAGCUUAACUAUUUCCAUAACCAUACUUAUAGAAGUGAUUACCGGGUAUGAGUUUUUGAUACCACCCAUUAUUAUUAUUAUUUUGGUUUAAUUUAGAUAGUAAACGUCAUUGGAUAGAAGAUUCAUUUUUCUCUGUAUUUUUACGAGUUUUUGUCACAUUGACAUCAAACAUGUGAAAACAGAAAUUACACUGUCUGUUAAACUUGCAAGGCACUUGUUUCUUGUGGAUUAUAUAAGUAUAAUGUGAUCCAUACA